AUGGACACCAAUACGUCAUCCCCAACAGACGUCAGCGCCAGCGCCAGCGCCAGCGAUGCACUCUUCUUCGCAUGCUGGCGGCUACAAUCCUGCGAUUUAUGUUUACGGGGAGAUCUACCCUGCAGCUGGUGUGCAAUAUCCUCUACAUGCGUCCCAAACCCCACCCGGUUUCCUAUCCUGGCUCCCCUCCACGCUGCCGAUAUCUGUCCCCUCGGGUGGAGAGAACGAUGGGAGCUGCGCGCUGUUCCGUUUGGGUGUCGCGUGAGCACGAUCACGUUCUUGACCGCGACGGGCUCGAUCGUGGGUACGUUGUUGGUUAUGGGGUUGGGGAUGUUUCUUGUCUGGGCUGUGAAGAGGCUGUGUGUGUUGUGGCGCGGGGGGAAGAAUGGG